AUGAAAGUGGAGAACCAGACACGGGUCACCCAGUUUAUUCUGGUGGGGUUCCCAGGGACCUGGGGCAUGCGUGCGGCCAUGUUCCUGAUGUUCCUAGCGGCCUAUAUUUUGACAGUGGCUGAAAACACCAUCAUCAUCCUGCUGGUGCAGCAGAACCGGCCACUGCACAAGCCAAUGUACUUCUUUCUGGCCAACCUGUCCUUCCUGGAGACCUGGUACAUCUCCGUGACUGUGCCCAAGCUGCUGUUUAGUUUUUGGUCCGUGCGCAACAGCAUCUCCUUCACACACUGUAUGAUACAGCUUUACUUCUUCAUUGCGCUCAUGUGCACAGAGUGUGUGCUCCUGGCUGCCAUGGCCUAUGACCGUUACGUGGCCAUCUGCCACCCACUGCACUACCCCACCACCAUGAGCCAUGGGCUCUGCUUCCGCCUGGCUCUCGCUUCCUGGGCCAUAGGCUUUGGCAUCUCCUUGGCUAAGAUCUACUUCAUCUCUCGCCUCAACUUCUGUGGCCCCAACGUCAUCAAUCACUUCUUCUGUGACAUCUCUCCAGUGCUUAACCUCUCCUGCACUGAUAUGUCCCUGGCUGAGUUGGUGGACUUCGUCCUGGCGCUGGUCAUCUUCCUCUUCCCCCUGUCUAUCACUGUCCUGUCUUAUGCAUGCAUUCUGGCCACCGUUCUCCGCAUGCCUACGGGAAAGCAGAAAGCCUUCUCCACGUGCGCCUCCCACCUCGUGGUGGUCACUGUCUUCUAUUCGGCCACAAUUUUCAUGUAUGCCCGGCCCCGAGCCAUCCAUGCCUUCAACAUGAACAAAGUUAUUUCCAUCUUCUAUGCCAUCGUCACCCCUGCUCUCAACCCUUUCAUUUAUUGCCUAAGGAACCGAGAGGUCAAGGAGGCUCUGAAGAAACUAAUUUGCUGCCCGGCCGUCUGA